AUGUGUCAGUUUUUUGGAAUAGAAAAGAGGAGAAUAACCGCUUAUCACCCACAGACAGGUGGACUAUGCGAGCGUUUCAAUGGAAUUCUAAAGACUCUCCUUCGAAUGAGAGUUAACAAUGAUAAGGACGAUUGGGAUGAGCAACUACCUCAUGCUUUACUAGCGUAUCGAGUUAGCAAGCAGUCUUCUACCGGAGCAACACCAUUUGAAAUGUUGUAUGGAAGAGAUCUCAGAUUGCCCCUAGGAGUAGAACCUGAAGAACUAGAAACCAAACCAACUCAUGGACCCGCCAAGUACCUAGAAGAUAUAAAGAAGCGACAGAAUAACAUGCGAAAGAUCGUAAGGGAGAGAAUCGAACAGUCCGAGAAGAAACAGAAACGUUGUUAUGAUUCACGAAAUCGUGCAUGCCGGAGUCUGGACUUUACCAUUGGAGAUAUGGUACUUUUAAAGAACUUUAGAGCUCGAGGAUUAGACGAAAAAUACGUUGAAAAAUACGUAUCUAAUUGUAAAUGUCCAAGAUACUAG